UUCCUGAUAAUAUUAUCUCUCCCAUUUAAAUUCUAUGAGACCGUUUGUACGUGAUUGUACCUUAAAAGAUACAGGGGUUUUACAAAAUAUCAACAAACUACUUACUUACUGUACUGCUGUGAUGCAAUGGGUUCAAUCUUCCACCCUAUAAAUAAACGCGAAUACUAUUGUCGCCUUCAUAAAGAUGUCUGCGCUACAACUGAUUUCUUUUGCUGUUUUAGCCCUUCUUGGGGUAUCCCAAGCUCAAUACUACGGGCGCGUCGCUCCCAUCAGAGGAGUUCCGCCUUAUCCAUUGGCUGCGCCUUGCUACGGGCCUGACGACCUGAGUGCCUUGCUACUUCUCGCAAGGGCAGUCGCUCCCUGCGACGAUUCCACUUCUGCGGACACAAUUAAAACUUUAGCUAAUGCGCUGGUGGCGACGGCAAAUGCUGGUGCCGGCGGGUCUGGCGGGGCUGGCGGCUCGGGAGGAGCGGGUGGAGCCGGGGGUUCUGGUGGAAAUGGUGGAUCUGUAAUUCCCAAACCUAGACCUACACCCAAUCCUGGAUCUAACCAGGACCCCGCCUUGAUUGAUUUAGGUUUACUGACCGGCGAUGACCUGCUCAGCCUAAUUAUUGCUGGCCAGAAACUGCUGAAUUUGGAUGUGGGUCAAGGAGGUGGCGCUGUCACUCAAUUAGUGGAUGGCUUAUUAUAA